UGGCGGACGUGUUUUCUGCAAAUUCAGCAAAAGAAAAAAGUUUCUCACACCAAACAGCAAAAAGGGACAGACAUUUUUUAAAACGUUGUUCUUUGUGUUUUAUUUCAUCAAUAGAUUCUGUUUCAAUUCGUGUGUUUCGAUCUCUUAUUUUCUAUAAGUGAAAAAGAAUCAUAUUUAAAAAACCUGAAUUUUUUACUUUGUUUUUAUUUAAAUGGGCGUUGCUGCUAAAAACUUGCUGUUAAAAGUUUUCUAAAUCGACAACGACCGAGAUUUUUUGAAAACUUAAGGUUUGUCGUGGCUUUAAUCUGAGUUUUGAAAAAAAAAGUUAUUUGCGAUGAACUUAAUACCAAAUAUGUGCGCUAUAAAAUUUAUAUUGAUUUUAUUUUUUUAUAACGGUUCGUAUAAUUGGAAUAAAAAGAUCUAAACAGUUUUAGAUCACAACACAAAAGUUAGUACUGUGAAAGCAGCAGACAGCGCUUCCUUUUUCUUCGUGAAAAGCAAAAGUGCAGUGUGAUUGAUUUUAUUUUUGUUUUUAUUUCGAUUAACAUUAUAUUUUCGGAAUAGAAUUUUUUGAAAUAAAUAAAAUUGCAUACUUGGCAAAUAAGUGCAACCCAAGAGAAAACAAAAAAAAUCCCUCGUAAUAACAAAUAUAAUUAAUUUAAAUAACUCACACAAGUGAUUUAAUCAGCUGUUUCUAGAGAAAAAAAGAGUGUGAAGUGAAAUAUAUACAUAGACAAACACACCAGUGAGUCGUGCUCGUGAGUGUUCCUAUACGUUAGAUACUUUUUUUUUACGAAAUAAUCUUAAAACAACAACAAUAAAAAGCGUCAAAACACAUUUUUAUACACUACUGAAUAUCUAUCUUUCUAUGCGCCGUGCAGUCCCGGUCCCAUGCAUUAAAGUUAACGUUGUAUAGUACUAUAUAAUACACGUGAAUCCACUACGUCAAUACUAUUUUAUGAGAGCCCAGCUUUUGUGUAGCAUAGCAGGUAUAUAUAGCGGACGGGGUACGAUCAUUUCUACAUAGAGACUUAUUCAGUCGGUUAAUAUCUUUGGAUCCGUUAGGAUCGUCUACGUGACAGAAAUAAAAUAAAAUCUAUAGAAAAAGUGAAUUCGCCGCAUUUAGAGCGAAUUGAUAAAUUAAAUUCGUUUGUGAACAGUUUCGUAAAUUUUUAAUUUUUUUUUCCUUGUUUGGAUCAAGGAAACCAGAUUUGCUCUGAAAAAAAGAGCAUUUUUUUAAUAUUUCAAUUUAAUUAAACCAAAAAACGGAUCAGAAUAAUUUGGAUAGAAUAAAAGGAAAUUCGUCAACCCGUUGCAAUAGAAGAGACCAGAAUUUUGGAUAUCGGGGCCUUGGCCAUUGUAUGGAGCGGUCUAAAAACUCAUCGAUACUAGGAGACGAGCCGGACCUGUUCAAAGGAACACAGGGCCGGAUUGGUCUAAACUCAAGCAACGGUUUUGCCCAUCAAGCAUUUACCGCUGCCUCUGCUAAACCUUCUCCACUAAUUCCUUCAUUAAGAACAACCAAAAUUAAUUUAGACGCUACAUUAAAUGAUUGCGAAAGGGGCUAUGUGCCGACGGUUGGACGUUGGGGCGCCGAAUGGCCAAGUUGACUCGCCGAAGCCAGCUUGGGACAACAUAUUAAUGGAUCGGUUGUCGGAUCAAUUGGAUUGACUACAGCCACAACUAAAUCGAUUAUCACCGAUCCAGAGACAACAUGUAAUCUAUCACGGGAUCAAAUUAGGACAUUUGUCCAUAAUGGUCAACCAAUCGUGGACAACGAUUAUGAUGAUAAUGAUUAUGAUGAUGAUGAAGAUGACGAAGACGAAGAUGAAGAUGACGAGGCAGAUGUUCAAAAGAUUUCCAAUCAAGAUAUUUGUGGUGCAGCAUCCGGGCAAACAUCAAACAAUAACAAUAAAAUCAUUGAUAAUGUGACAUCUAAUGGAGCGUCAUGGUGCGGCGAUGCAGAUAGAUGCCGUAGCAUCAUUAAACUCCUCGAAGAGCAGCAGCCAAAACAACAACAAAACAACCAAGAGAAAGAAAAAUGGUGGGCUGCCGAUGAUAGUUACAAUUUAAAUGCUUUCAAUCAAAGCAAUGGAGUGUGGCCAUUGGAACAUCCAUUGCCAUUGCCAGACUGGUCGUCAGAAAUUAAGCCAACUUUGAAUUUCGACAACGUUUGGCAGUAUGAGGAUUUAAAUGCAUUGAUUGAAGCAAAACUCCAUCAUUUGCUUGAGGAAACACACUACGAUACAGUUCAUCUAUUUGUAGACUUCUUUAAGGCCUUCAAAAAGACCCGACGAUCAGAUCUGAAGUCAUUUUUCCAGUUCUAUGAUGUGCCAAUAAAUCGUCGCCAUCACAUGUGCGUGAGCUUGGCCAUGGAGAUCAUGACAAGAAUUAUAGAAAUCUUCCCAAUUUUGGCUAAGUACAUGUACAUUGUAUCUUGUGAGGAGGAUGUUGCAGCUUUGAGGGAUUACAUUGAAACCAGCGAAGAGUGUGGCCUAAACUCACCAGAAUCCAAUGUGGAGAAAGAACAUGCCAUGGUGGCUAUGCGUAUAUCAAUUGGAGGCCGUCAAGGUAUAAUGAUUUUAGAUCCCGGUUACCAUGUUGCUCGCGCAGUCACAGUGAUGGAUGAUCAAAUGUAUCCUCAUACAGGAUGGUUCACACAAUCCACUGAACAGCAUUGUCAGCGUGAGUAUUGCUAUAACUUCAGCAUGCACAGCAACAAAUAUAUUGAUUGGAUGGAACGAGAAACACGUAACAAUCAGCAGACCUACAAGACAUCUUUGGUCUAUGUUGAGCAUCCAUAUUUGACAGCCAUCGAUGUGACAGUAAGGAGGAACUUAGUCUACAAUUUCCGUUCAUUGUUGGCUCGUGACGCCAAGGGUAGAGUUCUUGCUGGAAUAUAUUUGCCAAUAAUGUCAAAUGCCAACGAAGCCCAGUUUACAAUGUUCUACGAUGGGCCAAAUGAUCAACGUAUCAAAGUUAAAUUUAUGUUUAACGUCUUCAAGAAUUCAACUAAGAUUCCAGAACAUGUUUUGUUGCAUUUGGAGAAAUUAGCACCACAGUUGAAUAUGAUCUAUUCUGAUCUUCUUGAACUUUGCACAUCUUUAGCUGAAGCCGUUACAGAUCAAGAUUUCAUCAAGCAAGUACUAGCUAUCAAUAAUGACAUCAACUCAAUGUCAGCGGAUAAUUAAUUGACACUGAAAACCGCCAAUCAUCAUUUCGUAGAGGAUAUAAUAGUGAACACGUUUUCAUUCACAAAUUCAAUUAAAAAGAUCUUAAAUGCAUUUGUCAAAUUUGUUUUUCGUUUAGUAUACUAGAAUAUUAGUAAAAAUCAGAUAAAAAUACCAAAAAAA